AGAGCGAGUGCGAGAGGGAAUCAGCUUGCAUUUUCCAAGUCUCGCUCUGAAGUAACUCGUCGACUGUAGCGAAAGCGUGCACGGUAAUAUAACCGCACAACUCCAUAAGCCGAAAUCAGCACAAACACAAGCAAAAACUGAACCGGUCCAGCACACUUAACAUAAUUUGUGUGGAUGGCUUUGACCAUGGCUUCCCACAUCGUCGGAAUCAAUAAACUCCGGCCGCCGUCUUUUUUCCACUCCUCUUACUCAUCUCUCCACCUCACUAAACCUCCCCCCCUCUUUCAUUUCCCUUCUUCUACCAAAACCUUUAGAAUUUUCUGCCAAACAGACCCUAAUCAGAACAACGACUCUUCCACUCCACAGGAUGAGUUGGCUGUAGAGGUGAGUGAGGACAAGGAUGAUAAGAAUAGCAGCAAUGAGUCGGCUUCGACUAGUGGAUUUGAAUUCCCUCAAUACCCAACCAAGACUUUCAAUACAGGAUUAGCAUUUGUUUCUGUUGUUGCAGCUGUUGGACUUUUCUUAUCCGGUCGAUUAGACUUGGGCGUUUCUUUGAAGGACAUCUCGGCCGUUGCAUUACCAUAUGAACAGGCUCUCUCGAAUGGGAAGCCCACUGUUGUAGAAUUUUAUGCAGAUUGGUGUGAAGUUUGUCGGGAACUAGCUCCAGAUGUUUACAAAGUUGAGCAGCAGUACAAGGAUCGGGUGAAUUUUGUUAUGCUAAAUGUGGAUAACACAAAAUGGGAGCAAGAGCUUGAUGAAUUUGGCGUGGAGGGUAUCCCACAUUUUGCAUUCCUGGACAAAAAGGGUAACGAGGAGGGUAAUGUUGUAGGCAGGCUGCCAACUAAGUACCUUCUCGAGAAUGUUGAUGCCCUAGCCCAAGGAAAAGAAUCAAUCCCUCAUGCUCGUGUGGUGGGACAAUACUCGAGUGCUGAAGGAAGAAAGGUGCAUCAAGUAUCUGAUCCAAGAAGUCAUGGUUAGGCAUCAUUACACAAACUAAGAGAACAUACUAUAGGUUUCUUAAAAUUUUACUGUUCUCUUUUGGAUGCAUUUGUAAAGGAAUGUUGUGUAUCAAUAUAUGUAUUCAUGGUCUUCAUUUGAUA